CACACUCUGGUGUUCCGGUCUCUCAAGAGGACUCACGACCUCUUCAUCAGCGAUCACAACGAGUUGCCGCCCAUUGACCAGAAGGCGCACGACAUGUGCCUCGCAGUCAAAGCCAAGGAUCAGUUCCAACCGAUUCUUCAUUUGGUGCCCAAAACAGAUGUCAACCAAAGCAUGAGUUCUAAACAUAAAGACAUCGGAAAUGAGGAUAAAAGCGAUGAAAUUGAGAGCAACGGUGAGAACGCUUCCAACCAAUCGAUGGUCGCAUACAAUGAGAGCUAUUUGCCGAAAGCGGCGCCAACUGUGCCGAGCAAUGCCUCCCAAGUGAUGGUAUUAUCUUCAGGAACAACUAUAGUGCAGCGAAAGCCGGCGCCGAUGCCAAAGCCUGAAUGGCACCCGCCGUGGAAGUUGUCACGAGUGCUGUCCGGACACAUCGGAUGGGUUCGCUGUCUGACUGUUGAGCCCGGAAACGAGUGGUUCGCCAGCGGUUCCAAUGAUCGCAUCAUAAAGAUCUGGGACUUGGCGUCCGGAAAGUUGAAGCUCUCGCUAACGGGACAUAUAUCUGGUGUGAGAGGACUGGCAGUGAGUACUCGACAGCCGUAUCUGUUCUCGUGUGGUGAGGAUAAGAUGGUUAAGUGUUGGGACUUGGAGUACAACAAAGUGAUCCGUCACUAUCACGGCCACCUGUCCGGCGUAUACACCAUAUCACUGCACCCAACCAUUGAUAUAUUAGUGACGGCCGGCAGAGACUCUGUGGCCCGGGUUUGGGAUAUGAGGACAAAGGCACAGAUACACGCCCUGUCCGGCCACUCCAACACAAUAUCUUCGGUAUUAUGUCAAUCGACUGAUCCUCAGGUGAUCACCGGAUCGCACGACACGACCAUCAAGUUGUGGGACCUGAUCGCUGGCAAGGCUCGGACCACAUUAACGCACCACAAGAAGAGUGUGCGCUCUCUCGUCAUUCAUCCGAAACUCAAUGUCUUCGCCUCGGGUUCGUUCGCUAACCUCAAGCAGUGGUGUUUUCCCGACGGAAAGUUCAUUCAGAACCUCAGCGGACACAACGCUAUUGUCAACUCAUUGGCCGUCAAUUCUGACGGAGUAUUGGUCUCUGGAGCUGACAACGGAUCCAUGUUCUUCUGGGACUGGAGGACAGGCUAUAACUUCCAGCGAACCCAAGCGGCCGCACAGCCGGGCUCUAUAGAGUCGGAAAAUGGUAUCUUCGCCAUGACCUUCGAUCAAAGCAGUUCCAGACUCAUCACCGGAGAGGCCGACAAAACCAUCAAAAUCUAUAAAGAAGACGACACUGCAGAUGAAGACUCGCAUCCAAUCAAUUGGAAACCAGAUAUUCUUAAGCGGAAACGCUAUUAA